GACGUCAUCACUCCGCGCCCUCCGCGACAGUUCCCCAGCUAGGCUCAGAGCAGAGUUUCGCGUCAUGGGAAUUUGGCAGCGUCUGCUCCUUUUCGGUGCGGUGUCUCUCCGGGCUGGUGGUGGGGCCGCUGCCUGGCUUGGGGGAAGCCGAACUAUGGUUUGUCGGCGCCAGUUAUCUGGCGCCGAGAGUGAGACCCUAAAACAAAGAAGAACACAAAUCAUGUCCCGAGGACUUCCAAAGCAGAAACCGAUAGAAGGUGUUAAACAAGUUAUAGUUGUGGCUUCCGGAAAGGGUGGAGUUGGAAAAUCCACUACAGCAGUGAAUCUUGCACUUGCACUGGCAGCGAAUGAUUCGUCCAAGGCCAUUGGUUUGCUAGAUGUGGAUGUGUAUGGACCUUCAAUUCCAAAGAUGAUGAAUCUGAAAGGAAAUCCGGAAUUAUCACAGAGCAACCUAAUGAAGCCUCUCUUGAAUUAUGGUAUUGCUUGUAUGUCUAUGGGCUUUCUGGUUGAAGAAAGUGAACCAGUAGUUUGGAGAGGCCUUAUCGUAAUGUCGGCUGUUGAGAAACUAUUGAGACAGAUACUGUACUUCUUUGACUUUAAGGUAGAUUGGGGUCAGCUGGACUACUUAGUUGUUGACAUGCCACCAGGAACUGGAGAUGUGCAGUUAUCAGUCUCACAGAACAUUCCUAUAACAGGUCCUUGGCCUUAUCCAAAAUAUGAGUGUUUUCCAGUGUCCAAAAUGUAAACACAAAACUCAUAUUUUUGGUGCCGAUGGUGCAAGAAAACUAGCACAGACCCUUGGCCUUGAAGUUCUAGGAGACAUUCCCUUACACCUUAAUAUAAGGGAAGCUUCAGAUACAGGCCAGCCAAUUGUGUUUUCACAGCCUGACAGUGAUGAGGCCAAAGCUUACUUGAGGAUUGCUGUGGAAGUGGUAAGAAGAUUGCCCUCACCUUCAGAGUGAUUCCCCAAGUGUCCUGCAAAUUUGCCUGGUACUGACAUUAAGAGGACCUUUGGAAAUCAACAAUGUGGUGAUGGAACCUACAGAAAUAAUAUAAAUCAUAAUUGUUUUAUUUCUAAGGAAAUAAUGUCUUCACAUCUGAUUUGCUAAGCUGUGAGUCAAAAAACUUUUAUGUAUCAAUGUUAACUGCUACAUUUAGAAAUUUUUUGAAAGCUGGUGUAUGCCACCUGCACAGAACUGCAUUUUAUUUUAUUGAGUUACCCCUUUAGGAAUCAUGAGUUUAUGAUGUUACAAGACCAUGGGAACUACAUACAAUUUACAGGACCACAGAGUUACUAAAUUUGUGUAUGGACAUAAGUAUUACACCUCUCCAUCAGGCAAUUUGGACUGUCUUUGAAUCCUAUCUUUAGCACUGUCUUGGAUGUGUUCUUAAUACGGACCUUUGCUUCUUCAUCUGGAUCACACCAUCCCCCAGACUUAAUGAGUCUCAGUCUCCAGGGAUAGGGUCUGAACAUACAUAUUUUUAAUAAGAACAUGAUGUUGAUGAUGAUUCUGAUUAUGAUGGCAGUAAUAAUAAUAGCUAACAUUUAACAAGUGCUUUCUAUGUAUCCUUAUAAUUAAUCUUUCAUUUGUGUGAAUGGAUAAUAGUAAUUAUCUCCAUUUUACAGACAAGUAAUUUGAGGUAUAAGAAGGUUGAAUGUCUUGCUGAGGGUUAAUAUAUCUAGCAAGUGAUAGAGCUUAGAUUUGAACUUGAGUUCAAAAGGAUAUUAGAUUUAUCCUUUCCUAUACCAAGGUGCUUUUGUUAAUUCAAAAAAGGUGGGUGGAAUGCAGUAUUUAGCAUUUCCUCAAACUUUUUUGGCCAUGAAAUCCACCCCCGCUCCCCACCCACUGCCUUUUAAGAGCAUUUCAUGGAGUUCACAUUUCAAAUAAUACAUUUUGAAAAACAUUUAUCAUGUCUAAUUGAAACUCGAAGAGAGAUAAUCCACGACUUUUCAGAGUCAGGUAGCAUAUAAUUUUAAAUCUACAAGUAGUGGUAAGAGUGAGCCAUUAGUUAAUUGGCAUUCAUAAAGAAGUGAUCUGACACUUUUGGCAAAUGCUUUGACAUCCCUUGUUCUAUAGUUGUCAGCCAGAAAAUUAGGCACAGAGUUUCACAUUAUUAUGUUUUCACACAAAAAUAUAGACAUUGAUGCUUAUUGCAACUUUAUGUGUAAUAACCAAAAACAACCCAGAUUUUCUUCAUUGGGAAUAGUUAAAGAAACCAUGGUACAUUCAUACUAUGAAUAUUACUCAGCAGUAAAAAACAAACUAGGGGUACAUGCAGUAACCUAGAUGAAUUCUAGAGAAUUAUGCUGAGUGAAAAAAAGCCAGUCUCAAAAGGUUAUGUACCAAAAGAUUCCAUUUAUAUGACAUUCUUGAAGUGACAUAAUUAUAGAAAUGGAGAACAGAUUAGUUAUGACCAUGUUAAGGAGGUGGUGAAAAUGGGAGAGAAUUGGGUAUGGCUAUGAGAAACAUGAGGGAUCCUCAUGAUGAUGGAAAUGUUCUAUAUCACAACUAUCAAUGCCACUCUCCCAGUUGUGAUAUUGUGCUAUAGUUUUACAAGAUGUUACCAUUGGGGGAAAUUGGAUGAAGAACACAUGGAAUCUCUGUAUUAUUUCUUACAACUGCAUGUAAAUCUACAAUUAUCUCAAAAUAAAAAUAAAAGUUGAAAGAACACA